AUGGGCGUCUCCAUCAUAGACGCCCAGCGCGACAUCAUCUUAAAUGUGAUCCGUUCCACCACCCAAGGCCAAUGGAAAGUCUUGAUCCUCGACGACACCAGCAAGAAGCUGCUCGACAAUGUCCUUCAUUCAGACGACAUCUUGAACGAGAGCAUCACCAACAUCGAGAAGAUUGAAGAUCGUCGCCCAAAGAAUCCCGAUGUCGACGCCAUCUACCUGAUCACUCCCCAGACCCACAUCGUCGACUGUCUUAUGGCCGAUCUUGACCGCCGACGCUACAGGAAGACCAACCUGAUCUGGACCUCCUUACUGCCUCCACACAUGAAAGAGCGUCUUGACAAGUCGUCCGUCGCCCGCGAACAGAUCACUGUCUUUCGAGUUCUCAACAUUGACUUCUUCCCUCGCGAGUCCCACCUUGUCACCUUUAGAGACCCCUGGAGUUUUCCCAUUCUCUUCCAUCCUGCCUGCAACAAUCUCAUUCGCCAGCAUAUGGAAGAUCUUGCCCAGAAAAUUGUUGGAGUCUGCGUUGCAUUAGGCGAAUUUCCUGAUAUUAGAUAUUACCGCCCGCGCACCCCCACCCACGAGGCCAGUGUCCUCUGCUCUCACCUUGCUCGUUUCGUACAGGAGGAGCUCAACUUGUAUGCCAACUUCCAUAAGGAUUUCCCUCCCCCGAGUAACCGUCCUCGCGCAACUCUGUACAUCACCGAUAGAUCCAUGGACGUACUUGCUCCCUUGCUUCACGAGUUUACCUACCAAGCUAUGGCGCACGACCUUCUACCCAUCCGCGAAGGAGACAAAAUCAUAUACAAGACAGUUGUCAACCAAGGGACUCCAAAGCAGGAGGAGAAGGAUUACGAAAUUUCAGAAAAGGACCGCAUCUGGGUUGAAACACGUCACCUCCACAUGAAAGACACUAUCGAGAAGCUCAUGGGAGACUUCCAAAAGUUUAUCGAUGAGAACCCCCAUUUUACAAAAGAGAGCGACCCUAGCGGCAUGAACGGUCUUAAUACGAUCAAGGACAUGCUCGCUGGUCUUCCACAAUUUGAAGAGAUGAAAGGGGCGUAUUCGCUGCAUCUCGGCAUGGCCCAAGAAUGCAUGGAUCUGUUUCAGCGUCACAAACUUCCUGACAUGGCCUCAGUUGAGCAGAUUUUGGCGACCGGCCUUGAUGAGGAUUAUCGCAAACCCAAACACAUAACAGAUCAAGUUGUACGGACUCUGGAUGACGAUGCAAUCGUGAUGCCCGACAGGCUUCGAUUAAUUGCACUCUAUCUCAUAUAUAAGGAUGGUCUGCUUCCUGCAGAUCUUGUCAAGCUUUUACUCCAUGCUCAACUUCCUCCUCAACACUCAGAAAUGCUGCAUAACCUUGGUCUUCUUGGUAUUCGCACGACGCGAAACCUCAAAGACUCGCGUCCACCACCGGUUCCUCUAUUUCCUCAGAAGCCGCCACCGACUCUUGUUCAAGAGGAGUAUGCUUUGAGUCGGUUCGAAACAUCUCUCCAACGACUUUUGGACAACCACGUCACCAACACUGUCGACGCUACCGUGUUUCCAUAUGUCAAGCCGCCGACGGAUCUAGGUGAUAAUGAUAUUGGCCCUGCUCCUACAUCUCUACGUUCGGCCAAGCCGACUUGGGCAAAGGCAAAAUCAUCGACUACGGAACCUCGGCAACGCGUCAUUGUGUUUAUGGCAGGGGGUGCAACGUACUCAGAGAGUCGAGUGUGCUACGACAUGAUGCGACAGAGCAAUAAGGAGGUGUUCCUAUUGACAAGCCAUAUGCUAACACCAGCCUUCUUCCUACGCCAGGUGGGAGAUCUCAGCGCGGACAAACGCAAGCUCGGCAUACCGGCCGAGCAACCACCUAAGCAGGCUCCCGCUCAUUUGUUCGAGCGAGACGAUCCGCCACCAGCACCACGACCAGUGCAAGCGCCAUUGAAACCAGUCGUUCCAGCUCAGCCGCCCACUCAAGCUAUGAGCAAUAUGAACUUAAACUCGAAGCAACCAAAUGGAGCGGUGCCUGCAGCACCGGCGCAGAGUGCUUCAAAGCUCCAGAAGGAGCCGGAGAAGAAGAAGCGGCACUUCUUUUCGAGCAAGAGAGGGUAG